AUGAAAUACGAUAGUCUGACAUGGCGAAGUUCAAAAGAUGAAUCAGAUACCAAACCCGAAAAUACUGCCACACCCGAUUCUAAGACUAAUGAAAACACUGGCAAUUAUGGCGAUCAAGAUGAUGAUGAUAUCAUUCUUGAUUCCGAAACUUAUGAAGAUUUGGACGAUUAUGAUGAUCAAGAGAAUGAGAAGAAUGAUCAAGAGUCAAUUAUGGCCGCUGUCGAUCUUCAAGUGAAUAAAUUAACACCAUUUGAACGUUUUGUGAUGACGUCUUUGCAAAACAUUAGUAGAACUUUAGUAGAAGUUAAAACUCAAACGUUGAGAAAUCAACGUACCCUCGGUGUUUUGUAUGAACUCGCUAUUGAACCGACGCUUCUUCGAAUACUUCAAAGAGAACAUUUACUCAGCGAUAUAAUGGGACUUGAAACCCGAUUCUUUUGUGCAUCUGACUCGAAGAACAUGGAAAAACUAUUCUUCCGCUUUGCUCGACGCAUGAAACGUGACUACGAAUAUCGGUGGUUGAAAUUCAAAAACUUCAUCAACUUGUCUUUAAAACCUGAUAAAAUCAAAGUGAAUCUGAUGGGUUUUGGUAAAUUGGAAAACAUGAGAACCUAUGUGGUCGACUCCCCGCCAUCGUUUCGCGUGCCUCCAGUCGAACGAUUAUCAUAUGUGACACACGCAAAGGGUGUUGCACGUCAAACAUCGUUCACCCAUGCGAUCGUCAUCGAGGCAUCAACGGCCCUAAUUGAUUUCGACGAAAAUCUGCUCCAGUCAGCAUCGAUUGGACGAAUGUCACAUAUGAAGACGGUGUUACACAAAUUUGCUGAACUCGAACGACAGCUAGUCUUUAUCUCUAUGUAUUAUUCGAUCACUGACAAGCAGUUAUUCGCUGGUCUCAUUUUAAACGAUCUUCGUGAUAAGUACAAUCCGUCUGUCUUUCUUCGUCGAAUUCUCAAUUCUCAAUUUGCCAUUGCCAAUCCUAUCAUUUACCAGCUAUGCAAAGACGGUCGAUUUAUUUUCAAGAAUUAGAAGAAUAAUAGUGAACUUAGUCUCUCUUUACGUCGUCCAUGUCUUUUAUAAAAGAUGACCUGUUGUCUUAGUCUAUAUGACUAUUUUUAUUUUUUUUUAAUAAGAAGAACCUGUGUUUUUGGGCUUGUGAGGUUUUUGUAGAAACCCAUAAAGAGAAUAACGUUUUUUGAUACAAACAUUGAAUAACUGGAAAAGUAGAAAUUGUUUUAUUUACUAGAUAACACUUAACUCUAAACGUAGAGAAAUCUGUUUAGCUUCCUUCGAUACUCUAUCCAAUGGACAUACUUAGACAUAUUCGCGGUAGAUAUAGUGAAAUGCGUCAGUCUACGCAGUGUCCGAUAUGGUAGAAUUAAAAACAAUCGCAUUCUUGUAAUGCCCCUACUGGAAGUAGUCGUUAAGAGUAAAUGAAUGUUAGCUGUGCCCGAUUUCAAUGGAAUACAGUACUGGAAAAAAUUAUAGAGCCACUGUAUUUUUGAAAUUUUUCGAUGAAGCCGGGCAGCUAGGUCAAAUCCGAAUCUGAGUAGCUGUUGAAGUCUUCUAUCAAAUGUAGUAUGCGUCAAAAUUUCAGAGACAGAGUUUUGAAGAGAAUUUUCUAGAAAAUCGCUGCAGCGGAUCUCUAAGUCCUAGAGCCUUUUGCUAAAAAUAUUUUCAAUAUCGCCAUCUAAAAGAGCAUAAAAUUCUGAACCAAAUAAAGCGGCGCUCUGGUUGCAUAGUUACAGGCAUCAGAAAAAAACAAAAUAGUAUAAUUUACGAAGAAAACGCUAAAAAUACAAGCAGAAGCACAUUCUUUUGGGUUUUCCUGA